AUGAACGCUCAGCAAAUAUACCAAGAACUGCAAAAACGAUUAAAUAAAGAUAAACUCGAACCUGAAGAAGUUUCAAGACUUUCGACCAUGCAAAACUGGAUUACCAAAACCACAAAUGAAAAUUUAAAAUAA